GUUUCUCCGAUGUCAGAUUGGAGUCAGGAGUGCAGGGAGAGAGAGGAAGAACGCAGCGUAACAUUCCCACCCAGUCCAGCAUGACUGAUCUUAAACUUCCCUUCUAUCGGCGGUGCAGCAACGACUUUGGUGCAGGUCUUUGAGAGACAGAUAUAUUUAGCAUUGCCCGAUCUUACCCACUGUUUUCAGCGACAGACCGUAGGGUAGGCUAGAAAAGCAUGAAUAUAGAACGCACUGAGGAGCAAAGAGACGGCACGAGAGGACGGUAACGGUCCGGAUAGAAGAGUUGCUUUGAAGAGGGUGACGGGAGAGACCCACCAUGUGCAGCUCUCUGAGUCCCAAGCAGCCGAUUGGCCCAGGCCUGACGGAUAUGCAGCAGUAUAGCCAAUGGCUGGCCAGCCGCCAUGAAGCCAGCCUUUUGCCAAUGAAGGAAGACCUAGCCCUAUGGCUAACCAGCAUGCUGGGUCUGGAGAUCACAGCAGAGAGCUUCAUGGAGCGUUUGGACAAUGGCUUCCUGCUGUGCCAGCUGGCUGAGACGCUACAGGAGAAGUUCAAGCAGAACCAGACUCAGAACCGUGGAGAACUGCCUCUUGGCAAUGGAAAGGCCAUCCCAUGCCGGAGGAUCCCGUGUCGUGCCAGCGCUCCCUCCGGGUCCUUCUUCGCCAGGGACAACACAGCUAACUUCCUGACCUGGUGUCGUCAGGUGGGGGUGGGAGAGACCUGCCUGUUUGAGUCUGAGGGACUGGUUCUUCACAAACAGCCACGGGAAGUAUGCCUCUGUCUCCUACAGCUGGGAAGGAUAGCGUCUCGGUACAACGUGGAGCCUCCGGGGCUUAUCAAGCUGGAGAAGGAGAUAGAACAGGAGGAGAAAGUAUCGCUACCCUCACCUGUCUCUCCCUCCCAAUCUCUCUCUCCAUCCCCUUCUCCAAACCCCCCAUCCCCCUCUCCAACCUCUCCAUUCCCCUCUCCAACCAAGUGCUUGUCGUCUUGCAAGAAGAGCACAGGGAAGCUGCUGGAUGAGGCUGUGAAGCAUAUCUUUGAGGAGCCUCCCUGCAAGUGUCCCAAUAAAUUCUGUGUGGAGAGACAGGCUCAGGGCCGCUAUCGCGUCGGGGAGAAGAUGCUCUUCAUCCGGAUGUUACACAACAAGCAUGUGAUGGUGCGUGUGGGAGGAGGCUGGGAGACUUUUGAGAGCUACCUGCUGAAACACGACCCAUGUCGGAUGCUCCAGAUCUCCAGAGUGGAGGGGAAGGCCUUUCCCAUGUCCCCCAAGUCCCCCAACACCAAGGACCUCACCCCAGACAGCUACUUGGUGGUGGCCGCACACUACCGCAGCAAGAAGUAAAGAUGGCCGCCUACUACCGCAACAAGAAGUAAAGAUGGCCGCCUACUACCGCAACAAGAAGUAAAGAUGGCCGCCUACUACCGCAACAAGAAGUAAAGAUGGCCGUACACUACCGCAGCAAAAAGUCAACUGACGCUUCAACCAAGGGGAUCAGUUUGAGCAAUGCGAGGAUGGUGGUGGUGGCCUACUACCGCAACAAGAAGUAAAGAUGGCCACCUACUACCGCAACAAGAAGUAAAGAUGGCCACCUACUACCGCAACAAAAAGUAAAAAUGGCCGCCUACUACCGCAACAAGAAGUAAAGAUGGCCGCCUACUACCGCAACAAAAAGUAAAAAUGGCCGCCUACUACCGCAACAAGAAGUAAAGAUGGCCGCCUACUACCGCAACAAGAAGUAAAGAUGGCCACCUACUACCGCAACAAGAAGUAAAGAUGGCCACCUACUACCGCAACAAAAAGUAAAAAUGGCCACCUACUACCGCAACAAGAAGUAAAGAUGGCCGCCUACUACCGCAACAAAAAGUAAAAAUGGCCGCCUACUACCACAACAAGAAGUAAAGAUGGCCGCCUACUACCGCAACAAGAAGUAAAGUUGGCCGCCUACUACCGCAACAAGAAGUAAAGUUGGCCGCCUACUACCGCAACAAGAAGUAAAAAUGGCCGCCUGCUACCACAACAAGAAGUAAAGUUGGCCGCCUACUACCGCAACAAGAAGUAAAAAUGGCCGCCUGCUACCGCAACAAGAAGUAAAGAUGGCCGCCUGCUACCGCAACAAGAAGUAAAGAUGGCCGCCUACUACCGCAACAAGAAGUAAAGAUGGCCGCCUACUACCGCAACAAGAAGUAAAGACAUUCAUGAGGACCUGAGGAAAUGACCUCUUGCCUUUCCCAACUAGCAAAACUGAUUGAAAUGACAGUGACACAGAGGGUAAAGCCAGCUGACACAGUGUCAUUCCAACCAGAUUCCAACCAGUUGCUGUCUUCUAGUUGAUGUAAGCCACAGCCGGCCCACCUGAGCUACAGAACAGACAGUGGCCAGCAGGUAUAUAUCUCCUGUCCUAGCAGUCACGGCGAACUAGCGUCAACGUGACAGUUUGAUUUGGAUUUACAGCCUUUGAGAAUUAUCUAUGCAAUCAUUUUGACAAUCAUUUUGACAAUCAUUUUUAGCCGGGGAUUGAGGCUGGUAUAUUUGGUACUAAAAGCAUGUUUUCUAAUGUUACCUUGUGUGUAUUUUGUUUGACUUUUGUCAUUCAUUCAUUUAAUAGUGUGAAAGUAUAGUAUGACUUCUGUAAUAAUGGAUAUAUUCUGAAUAAUGAUUGGAUACUGGUCAAGCUAAAUCUGGACAUGUUCCACCAAUCAUGUUCCUCCUACGGUUCCACCAAUCAUGUUCCUCCUACGGUUCCACCAAUCAUGGGCUUUCUCCUUUCCUUGUUUUCUAAAUAUGCAGCUACACCACACAAGGGAAGAUAAUCAUGGCUAAAACAAUAUGUUUUUUAAAUGUAAUCCCACCAUCGGUCACAGUACAGGCUUACUGGUUACCACGCCCAGGGACCUGUCUCUGGCUUGAGCUUUUUUGCUUUAAAGACCAAAGGGUUCCACCAUUCAUUCUAAUGGAAGUCAACAUUUAAAAUAUGUUUGAAAUAGUGCUACUUUAUUAUGUUAAAAGUCCUGACUAAUAUGAAUAGCUUAUACGUAGGAUGUGUUUGUUAUGAUUAUGUAUCUCUGUAAUGUCUAUUAAUUUCUCCAAUGUGCUAUUAUGUGUGAUUUCUCUUUUUUUCCAUGUGCUAGUUUGUCUCUCCUGUUUUUCGAAGUUAAAAGCUUUUGAUAAUUUGUUAAUUUUAGGAACGCUAUUAAUUAACAUCAUUAUUUUUGAGAAGAUUAUUUCUGAGGAUUAAAGAGACAAUCAAAU